AUGGCGGAGCCGCAGGGGCGAUCGACGUGUUUAGCCGUCUCGUCAGGGCGUGUUUUGGUGGUGGGUGCCCUCGUUUUGGGAGUGACCUCAUUCUUGGAGGCUGUGCGGCGUGCAGCCCGCCGGGCCGCGGCACGCCGAGCGUCUCCGGGAGAAGCCGUGCCCAUGGCAGGUGGAUGGCUCCCAGUGUUGGGGCACGUGUUCCGCUUGUUUCGCUACGGGGCCGGAAAUGCUGGCUUUGGCAUGGGGCGGUUUGCGUUGGAUGUCCUCGAGCAGGAGGGGCUCAGAGUCUUUUGUGGCGACUACUUCGGCUACAGGAUGGUGAGCGUUGCCGACACUGCCCUUGUGGAGGAGGUGAGCAACGGAGAGCCAGACAGAUUCACCAAGGAUUUCCUGAAGUUUUCGCCAGGUGCGGAUUUGCUGUUGGAAUCCUUCGGGCGCGGCCUAUUCAUAGCAGGAACAGAGGACCCGGAGUGGUAUGUCGCCCAUCGGAUCUUGCGGGCUCCCUUUUCCUCCCGAGGAGUCAAGUCUAUGUUGCCUCUGAUGUGCCAGCAGGCGGAUGAGCUUGUGAAGGCCUUACGCCGCGAUGUGGGCCAUGGAGGCUCUCUUUACAUUGACACCUGGGUAACCAAGAUGGCCCUUGAAACCAUUGCAGUGUGUGGUCUGGGCACGUCCUUGGGGUGCUUCGAGUCCUCUGAGAAGCCACCACUUGUGGUUUGCCUGGACAAGGUCAUACGCGGCCUAAUGACCCUCAGCCGCUGUCCGCGCCUCUUGCGUCCUUUUUUCAUGCCCAUCCGAACAUUCGAGUUCUGCAGGGAAAGCAGGCGGCUUAGGCAGUACUGCUUGGAGCUGAUCGAGCAGCGUGCCAGCCGAACCGCCGAAGACUCCCGCAAGGAUCUGCUUGAUGCCAUGCUCCUGGACAGCGACCCAAAGAGCGGUCGCAAGAUGACCCAUGAUAUGGUCACAGACAAUGUGCUCACCUUCCUUUUUGCUGGCCAAGACUCUACUGCAGCUGCCAUGGCUUCAUGCUUGUGCUACCUCUGUUCCCAGCCAGACUGCAAAGCCAAGCUGGUACAAGAGAUAGACGAAGUUUUGGGGAGAGAUGCGCUUCAGUGGAGCCACCUGGGCCAGAUGCCAUACCUAGACUGCUGCAUCAAGGAGACGUUGCGACUGGUGCCGCCGGCUCAAGGCUACCUCCGCUAUGCCCGAGGAGAUCAGCUGCUGGGGAAGAAAUGGCGCAUUCCGGAUGGCACGCCUGUUGUUGUGAAUGUCAUGGCCAUCAACUACGACCCCAGCAUUUGGGGCGAAGAUGCUGAAGUGUUUCGGCCUGAAAGGUGGCAACAGGCGCCACAAGAGAAGUGUGCCUUCAUUCCCUUUGCAGUGGGCCCUCGAGCAUGUACGGGUAGGGAGUUCAGCGUGCUGGAGCAGAAAGUGACACUCGUGAAGCUUCUGCAGCACUUUGACUUUGAGCGACCAGCAGACGUCCAGAAAACUCCCGGCUACAACACUGUCAAGCCUGGUGAGAUGAAGUACCCACCAUUCAUCAACAUGGAGGUCGAGAUGAAGCAGGACAUUUCUUUGGGUGAGCUUGCGCCUGUUGGCCCAAUCCUCCACACCAGAGUGGUGUGCACCCUGAGGUGA